AUGGCAACCUCAAUUGGGGACACCACAAUCAUCUUUGGCGAUUCGAGGCAGCCGAAAGCUCUACCGCUCUCUCAUCCCAAAGCUAGAUGGGUUGAAUUCGGCACAGAGCAAAAGGUCUUGCCAAAAGGCUAUACAAGAAGAAAGGGAUGCCUUCCGCUACCUUGUGAUAUACUAUUCGAGCGUGACACUCCCGUCAAAGUAGUAGACCUGUUUCCAAAAGUAUCACGCGAAUCUAACCCGUCACAGUUACGAGAUGGUACGAACAUCUAUGUCGACAUAUACCGGCCUGUCGAGGACUCAACCACCUGUCCGGCAUUGAUAGCUUGGUCUCCAUACGGUAAGCAAGGAGGCAGGGGAAACCAGGUGCUGGAUGAUUUUCCUUUCCGAAUGGGAAUUCCGCUUCGAAAGCUUUCUGAGCUCCAGAAAUGGGAAGGUCCAGACCCAGGGUAUUGGGUUCAGCACGGCUAUGCUGUUGUCAACCCUGAUCCACGUGGAGUCGGUAAAAGCUCCGGAAACAUCUACCAUUUUGGAUCCCAAGAAGGGCGGGAUGGCGCCGACGUAGUUGAUUGGAUCGGCCAGCGUCCAUGGUGCUCGGGCAAGGUCGCAUUGACAGGGAACUCAUACCUCUCUAUAUCUCAGUGGUUUAUUGCAGCAGAAAGGCCAACUCAUCUUGCUGCAAUUGCACCUUGGGAAGGAAUGACAGAUCUCUACCGAGAAGCGACGGUAUUAGGAGGCGUUCUCUCCAAACCUGCCUUAGAGUUCAACCUGCAGCUACUUCAGGUAAAUGCAGGAGAAAAUUCCUGGGAAAAUGCAGUUGCUAUGGCAGUCAAUAACAAACUCUUCGGAGCAUAUCACGAUGAUAAGAGAGCGAAGGUUGAGGAUAUUACCGUCCCUGCAUAUGUUGUCGCGAGUUGGUCGAAUCCGAUUCAUACAUACGGAACAUUCUGUGGGUAUCACAGGUUGAAGAGUGACAAAUGGCUUCGAGUUCAUGACACAUUUGAAUGGCCAGAUUAUUACCAGGAAGACAAUGUCGCGGAUCUACACCGAUUUUUUGAUAAGUUCUUGAAGGAUAUCGACAAUGGCUGGGAUACCACAACUCGUUUCCGAGCCAAGAUCCUCGACACAGCAUGCCCACUCGCCAAGAAUGGAACAGAUUUUCAAUCUACAGCAUUUCCAUCCCCGGAGACUAAAUCUCUAAAGCUCUUCCUUGAUGGAUCCAGUGGCUCUCUAGUACCGACUUGCCCUGAGUCACACCGCCUGGAGUACAAAGCUAGCAAUGGGGAGAUUGUGCUCACAUACACGUUCACCAACGAAGCGAUACUAUGCGGGCCACUUCGGUUAUUCUUAGCAGUCUCUAUAGUUGGCGCCCGGGAUUCGGAUAUCUUUGUCACCUGUGAGAAGAUCCUUACAGGUGGCGGCAGUGGUACUCAGCUCAUUGUUCCCUUCGAGCAUUCCUAUCAGUCGUCUAUAGUGCGGAUCGGCCACAGAGUGGGUUUGGCAUCAGAUGCAGGAGCAUUAUUUUACAAAGGUCCGAAGGGGCAAAUACGUGUCUCCCGUCGCACCCAAGAGCCGGAUCACCAAGUGCCGGGUUUACCAACCUUUCGCAUGGAUGAAUACCACCCGCUCAGCGAGAACGAGAUCGUUCAGGUCCAAGUCCCGCUAACACCAAUCGGUAUGCGCUUUUCGAAGGGUGAGAAGUUCAAGAUACGACUCAGCGGCAUCAACAGGUCGGUCUAUCCACCUGUCGACCAAGCGAGUCUCACAGUUGAAGGCCUGGAAGAUAUCAACAUCAACGCUACAGUCUCUUUACAUACUGGCUUGGAGGGGGACCUUGAGAGCUAUAUUAUACUCCCAUGUAUUCAGUCUUAA